UUCCCCUCAGAGGCGGGGAAAGAGAGAGAGGGAGGGCGGGACGGAGGCCUGGAGCUGCGCCAGAGGGCAGGCGGGGCGCAGAAGCCGACGCGAAAGCAGGAGCAGAAGAAAGGCCUCUCCUUCUCCCUCUCUCUGUCUCUCUCCCUCCGGCGCCGCGAUCGAUGGGGGCGGCCCCUCUGCGCUCGGCUUCUCGGCCCUGGAGGAGCCCGACUGGCGACGUGGUGGUGGUGGGGCCGGCCGCCGGGCCCGGGCUGAGGAAGAGCUCCUGAGGGAAGAAGGAGAAAGCAAGCCAGAGACAGAGGAGAAUAAAGGCGAAAGAAGGGGAAGGGAAGAAGGAGAGCUGCCCGUUCCCGCCUUCCUUCCUUCCUUCCUCCCUUUUUCCCGGGCGAUGGCGCUGCUCCGGGCCCGCGCCUUGUACGACUUCAAGUCGGAGAACCCGGGCGAGAUCUCCCUGCGAGAGCACGAGGUGCUGAGCCUGUGCAGCGAGCAGGAGAUCGAGGGCUGGCUGGAGGGCGUCAACAGCCGCGGGGACCGAGGCCUCUUCCCGGCCUCCUACGUCCAAGUCCUGAGGGCCCCCGCCGGCCUGGACCCGCCUCCGCCCACCCGCUACGCCAAUGUGCCCACGGGGGGCCUUGAACCCGCGCCGGCUUGCACCACCGCACCGCGCCCUCUCCAGCUCCCGCUCCAGUCCGCGGAGCCUUUCCAGUUGCCGCCCCCUCCCGCGCUCUCCUUCCCUCCCUCCUCCUCUUUCCAAACAGCGCCUCCUUAUGGCGGGUCUGCGUACCAAACCAGCCAAGGCAGCGACGACGACUGGGACGACGACUGGGACGACAGCUCCACCGUCGCCGACGAGCCCGGCGUCGUCGUCGACCCGCGGCACCUUUCCUACCGCCUCUCCGCCCACUCCGAUAUGUCGCUGGGCUCGCGAGGGGGGCCGCUCCACCCGCAACCCAAGAGCUCGGCCACUGUGGGACGCAACCUGAACCGCUUCUCCACCUUCGUGAAGUCUGGUGGUGAAGCCUUCGUCUUGGGCGAGGCGUCGGGUUUCGUGAAGGACGGCGACAAGCUGUGCGUGGUGCCGGGCGCCCACGGUCCGGAGUGGCAGGAGAACCCCUACCCGUUCCUGUGCUCCAUCGAGGACCCCACCAAGCAGACCAAGUUCAAGGGGAUGAAGAGCUACAUCGCGUACAAGUUGGUGCCCAGCCACACCGGGCAGCAGGUCCACCGGCGCUACAAGCACUUUGACUGGCUCUACGGGCGUCUAGUGGAGAAGUUCCCCGUCAUCUCAGUGCCCCACUUGCCGGAGAAGCAAGCCACAGGGCGCUUCGAGGAGGACUUCAUCUCCAAGCGGCGCAAAGGCCUGGCCUGGUGGAUGGACCACAUGUGCAGCCACCCGGUCCUGGCCCAAUGUGACGCCUUCCAGCACUUCCUCACUUGCCCCAGCACCGACGAGAAGGCCUGGAAGCAGGGCAAGCGGAAGGCUGAGAAGGACGAGAUGGUGGGCGCCAACUUCUUCCUCACCAUCAGUGUCCCUGCGUGUGGCCCGGCGGCCCUGGACCUGCAGGAGGUGGAGAGCAAGGUGGACGGCUUCAAGAGCUUCACCAAGAAGAUGGACGAGAGCACCAUUCAACUGAACCAGACGGUCAACGAGUUCGCCCGCAAGCAAGUGACGGGCUUCAAGAAGGAGUACCAGAAAGUGGGGCACUCCUUCCGGGGCCUCAGCCAGGCCUUUGAGAUGGACCAGCAGGCUUUCUCGGUCGGGCUCAACCAGGCCAUUGCCUUCACUGGGGAAGCUUACGAUGCUAUUGGGGAACUCUUCGCAGACCAACCCAGACAGGACCUGGACCCAGUGAUGGAUUUGUUAGCUCUGUAUCAGGGACAUCUCGCCAAUUUCCCAGACAUAAUCCAUGUCCAGAAAGGGGCCCUUACCAAAGUGAAGGAAAGUAAGCGGCAUGUUGAAGAAGGGAAGAUGGAGGUCCAGAAGGCUGAUGGUAUUCAAGAUCGUUGUAACAUUAUUUCUUUUGCCACCCUGGCAGAAAUUCACCAUUUCCACAAAAUUCGAGUGAGGGACUUCAAAUCACAGAUGCAGCAUUUUUUACAACAGCAAAUACUUUUUUUCCAAAAAGUAACACAAAAGUUAGAAGAAGCUCUUCACAAAUAUGACAGUGUUUAAUAUUCCUUAAUUUUUAGACUUUGACUGAUGGAUGUUUCUUGGCUUGCAAAUGGGAUACGCAACAGAGGCAAACACCGCUCUCAAAUACCUGUUGACACCUCUUGAGAUGCUUUACAAGAACUACUUUGUAAUCUGUUCUGGAUUCCAGUUGAACCUAAUCAUUGCAUAAGGAGGAAAUAAUUAUUCCUAUUUAGUUGAGACUGUACUACAAUUGUAACUAAGUUAUACUCCAAAUGCCUACACUACCAUUGUAAUGUUUUUGAAAUAAUGAUUAUACUAUUUGCCUUAUUGCUUUUUUGAAGUAUGAUAUUUUAGUGCAUACGCUGUAGACCUCAAAACCUGUUGGGUCUUUAAGGAAGUUGGCAAGAUAAAAGCCUGCUUCGGAUGCCUUUUUAAAAUUCUCUUCAGUUUGAAUUUUCUAAAUUCAAACAAUUCUCUGUUUACAAAUUCCUAUUAGAGCAGCUAAGCUAUUUUGUGCCUUUAGACUUACAACUUUUCAUUAUUAUUAUUUUUUUCCUAGUAAACCACAUUUUUAUGACUGAUUGAAUGAAGGAUUGGCACCCCUGACAGGGCCUGAUUUCAAACCUCAUUAGUGACUGAAAAGUAACUAGACCUGUAACUUGCACACUAGAUGUUAUGAUAAAUGUUGAUUGAAAGAAAAUACUUAAAAUCAUUUUAGACUUUGUACUGAUUAAAAAUAUUAUUUAUUAUUCAUACCAGAACCUUAAACACACAGGUGAGAAUUCAGCACUGCUGUUAGUUCCUUUUCUUAACAUGGCACCAUAAAACCUUUCAGUGUAAGACAUUUUUGGGUAGAAUCUUGGACCACUUAAAACAGUGGUUCUCAACCUGGGGUCCCCAGAUGUUUUUGGCCUUCAACUCCCAGAAAUCCUAACAGCUAGUAAACCGGCUGGGAUUUCUGGGAGUUGUAGGCCAAAAACAUCUGGGGACCCCAGUUUGAGAACCACUGACUUAAAAGAAUAUUGAAGUGUAUUUGUGGGGUGAAAGCAGAGGAUCAGUGGUUCAUGCUUGUACAUGUGUGUAAUACUUGCAAGUCUUGUGAGACUCUUGCUUUAUUUCAUUUUAAACAUGGCCCUGUUUUGCUACUUGGCUUAAAACUGUUGCAGAUUGCAAAUGGUCAAUGCUGUUUAAUUGAAAUUAGUGGUUUAUUGGGAGGGAAAUACGAAGACUACAGAGCAGAGGUGCCAAUUGGGAAUAAUGCAUUUUCCUUUUCUGUUUCUCCUCCCUGUGUUUCAAAUCGUACAUACCAACACACACUUGGUGGCUUUUUUCCUCUGUAGGAUUUCAAAUUAUUUGGGAACACCUCAAAUGUGCAUUCCUAUAACUGUGAGGUCAUAAUUUUAGUAGAGACUGUGAGGAAUUUCUCUGUAGAAUUCUGCAGAUUUCAACUACUCCUAUGCAACUUGGACAUCUGUGAGUGUUUCGGUACACUUGCUAGGUUUCAGAAAAUCCAUCAGGCCUUUUACACCUUUACAAUGCUCUCUGAGCAUCCGAUUGUACAAGAACUUCCACAAAUGUUGAUUUUGGCAAUAAAUUGCAUACCAUUAAAACCAAUAA